UGUAAAUUACAUUUUGUUUUCCAGCGCACGUUGCAAUCCCUGUUGCCAUACUUGGCUGCAAAGUCUAGUACUACGUCUUCAUUGCUGAUACGGACCAUAGCAAAACAAUUGAAUGUCAAUCGCCGAGAGAUAUUGAUCAACAACUUUAAAUAUAUCUUUUCUCACCUGGUUUGUUCCUGCUCAAAGGAUGAACUUGAGCGUGGUCUCCAUUAUCUCCAGAAUGAAACAGAGCUUGAACUGGGCAGCCUUCUCAGACAAGAUUUCCAAGGGUUACAUAAUGAACUACUGUUGCGUAUCGGAGAGCACUAUCAGCAGGUUUUCAAUGGACUGGCCAUACUGGCUGCUUCUGCUUCUAGAAAUGAUCAGUGCCAAGCACCCAGAGACAUUACUUCAGCAGAGUUAAUGGCAGACUACUUGCAGCCAAAAUUGUUGGGGAUUCUGGCCUUUUUUAAUAUGCAUCUGCUGAGUUCCAGUGUUGGAAUGAAUGAUAAAAUGAUGGCCAUGAACAGUUUAAUGUCGUUAAUGAAAUUGAUGGGACCAAAACACAUAAGUUCCGUCCGGGUAAAGAUGAUGACCACUCUGAGGACAGGCCUACGAUACAGAGAUGAAUUUCCUCAAUUAUGCUGCAGAGCUUGGGAUUGCUUUGUACGAUGCUUAGAUCCCAGUUAUCUGGGGGCCCUUCUCAGUCAAGUAAUUGUGGCUUUGCUGCCUUUGAUGUCCAUUCAGCCAAAGGAGACGACUGGAAUAUUUCGCUAUCUUAUUGUGGAGAACAGGGCUGAAGUAAAAGAUUUUCUCCAUGAGAUUUACUUUUUGCCAGAACAUCCUGAUUUUACUGAGAUCCAGAAGGUUCUGCAAGAUUAUAGAAAGGAGACUUCUAAAAGCACGGAUUUACAAACUGAACUGCAGCUUUCUAUGCGUGCUGUUCAGCAUGAGAAUGUAGAUGUCCGUAUACAUGCACUGACCAGUUUGAAGGAUACUUUGUUCAAGAAACAGGACCAAUUGGUAAAACUUGCUACAGACAGUGAGACUGUAGAACCUAUUAUCUCUCAGUUGGUGAUGGUGCUUCUGAAGGGCUGCCAAGAUGCAAAUGCACAAGCUCGACUUCUGUGUGGAGAGUGUCUUGGUGAGUUGGGAGCAAUUGAUCCUGGCCGAUUGGACCUCAUGACCAGUAACACAGAGGGAAAAAGCUCCACGUUCGUGGCUGGUGUGGAGGAUCCUAAUUUUGCCCAUCACCUGCUGAUUGAGUUGACAAGAGCCUUCCUUGCCUACGCAGAUAAUGUUCGAGCUCAGGACUCAGCUGCUUAUGCCAUUCAGGAGCUGCUACAAAUAUAUAAAUGUAAAGAAGGGAAAACUGAUUGCCCAGGACGCAGGCUGUGGAGGAGCUUUCCAGAACAUGUUCAAGAAAUCUUGGAGCCUCAUUUAAACACCAGGUAUAAAAGCUCCCAGAAGACUUGCAAUUGGGUCAACAUUAAGAAGCCAUUUUAUCUUGGUAAACAUGACAGAAAUUUUGCAGAGUGGUCAGCAACAUGGGCAGGAUACCUGACAACCAAGGUUCGAAGUGAGCUAGCCAGAAAAGUUUUUGACUGUUGCAGCUUUAUUAUGAAACAUGAUUUUAAAGUGACAAUCUAUCUGCUACCUCAUAUCCUAGUCUACGUUUUGCUUGGGUGUAAUGAAGAGGAUCAACGUGAAGUUUAUUCAGAAAUGAUGGCUGUCCUAAAGAAUGAUGAGACUUUGGACAGGACUUUGCAGGACAGUGCAUCAGAUUUGAGUCAGUUGAGUACACAGACUGUUUUCUCGAUGUUGGAUCAUCUUGCCCAGUGGUCCAGGCAUAAAUUACAGGCUCUUAGUUCUGAGAAAAGUGGGAGCAGAUCCAGUAAAGACAGAGGGGGUCCUAAUGUUUCAAGCUCAGAGUACAAAGAGUACCAAAAUGUCACCUCUUUUCUGGACCUCAUACCCCAGGAUGCUCUUGCUGUUGCUUCAUUUCGAUCCAAGGCUUAUACUCGAGCAGUGAUGCACUUUGAAUCCUUCAUCACAGAAAAGAAAGAGAACAUUCAGCAGCAUCUUGGAUUUUUACAGAAGCUAUAUGCAGCAAUGCAUGAGCCAGAUGGUGUAGCUGGAGUAAGUGCAAUCCGUAAAGGAGAGCGAUCUCUCAGGGAACAGAUUUUAGAACAUGAGAGCAGUGGACUGUUGAGAGAUGCUACAGCAUGUUACGACAGGGCUAUUCAGUUGGAACCUGAUGAGAUUAUUCAUUAUCAUGGACUGAUGAAAUCUAUGCUUGGACUUGGCCAGUUGUCCACAGUAAUCACUCAGGUUAAUGGAGUGCUUGCAAGCAGGCCUGAGUGGACCUCUGAAUUAAACACAUACAGAGUAGAGGCGGCAUGGAAACUCACUCAUUGGGAGUUGCUGCAGAAUUAUGUGGCUGCAGAGGGGAAAUCCUGUUCUUGGAGUGUGAGACUUGGACAAUUGUUGCUUGUUGCUAAGCAGAGCAAUGCAGAGGGUUUUUAUGAACAAUUGCAGGUUACUCGAGCAGAACAGAUUGUGCCCCUCUCUGCAGCAAGUUUUGAACGAGGGUCCUAUCAGCGAGGUUAUGAGUACAUUGUCAGAUUACAUAUGUUGUGUGAGCUGGAGCACAGUGUCAGAGGAUUGCUUCACUGGGAAUCUCGGAAACAUCAAAAAGAACAUGAACAUCCUCUCAACUGGCAGGCUCGGCUAGAAAUGACUCAAAAUUCCUUUCGGGCUAAGGAGCCCAUCUUGGCGCUACGCAGAGCAUUGCUCCAUGUCAAUAAAACGACAGACUACAGUGAACUGGUUGGAGAAUGUUGGCUGCAAAGUGCCAGAGUUGCCAGGAAAGCAGGUCAUCACCAAACUGCAUACAAUGCUCUCUUAAAUGCAGGAGAAUCCAAAUUACCUGAGCUUUACAUAGAAAGAGCAAAGUGGCUUUGGUCCAAGGGGGAUGUUCACCAAGCUUUGAUAGUCCUGCAGAAAGGUGUAGAGUUGUGUUUUGGAGAUACCGAAACAGAAAUGAGUGAUGAUAAAAGCUGUUUAAUAAAGGGGAAAGCUGUGCUGUUGGUUGGACGUUUUAUGGAAGAAACAGCUAACUUUGAAAGCAAUGCAGUUAUGAAAAAAUAUAAGGAAGUAACCACUUUGUUACCAGAUUGGGAAGAUGGACAUUUUUACUUGGCAAAGUAUUAUGACAAAUUGAUGCCCAUGGUGACUGACAACAAGAUAGAGAAGCAGGGAGAUUUGAUUCGCUACAUUGUCCUUCAUUUUGGCACUUCACUGCGGUUUGGAAAUCAGUUCAUCUACCAGUCAAUGCCUAGAAUGUUAUCACUGUGGCUCGAUUAUGGAGCAAAAGCCUACGAGUUGGAGAAAGCACCUGGACGUACGGCUGAUCGUAUUGCCAUGAGAACAGAUCUUGAAAAGAUUAACAAGGUGAUAGAGGAUCACACGAACCACCUGGCUCCCUACCAGUUUCUGACCGCAUUUUCACAGCUGAUUUCACGAAUAUGCCAUUUUCAUGAUGAUGUGUUUGCUCGUCUGAAGGGCAUCAUCGUCAAGGUUUUCCUGGCUUAUCCUCAGCAGGCUAUGUGGAUGAUGACAGCUGUUUGCAAGUCAUCUUAUGCGACAAGAGUUACCAGGUGCAAGGAAAUUCUUCAGAAGGCCAUUAAUGAUAAGAGCUGUUUUGGCAAGUUUAUAGGAGAUGCUACUCGUCUCACUGAAAAGUUACUGGAAUUGUGCAACAAAUCGGUGGAUGGAAAUACCACAACAUUAAGCAUGAGCGUUCACUUCAAAUUGCUAAAACGACUGGUAGAAGAGCCUGCUUUCAGUGAAAUCCUCAUUCCUUUACAAUCAGUGAUGACUCCCACUCUGCCAUCAACUGCAGGCACUCAUGCAAACCAUGACCCUUUCCCUGGUCACUGGGCCUACAUUGCUGGUUUUGAUGACAUGGUGGAGAUCCUAGCCUCUCUUCAGAAGCCAAAGAAAAUCAAUCUUAAGGGUUCUGAUGGAAAAUCCUACAUUAUGAUGUGUAAACCCAAAGAUGAUCUCAGGAAGGAUUGUCGCCUCAUGGAAUUUAACUCGCUAAUUAAUAAGUGCUUACGAAAAGAUGCAGAAUCUCGCAGGAGAGAACUUCACAUCAGGACGUAUGCAGUCAUUCCUCUGAAUGAGGAGUGUGGUCUAGUUGAGUGGGUUAACAACACCGCUGGAUUAAGACAUAUUCUGAAUAAGUUGUACAAAGAAAAAGGUGUUUACAUGAUCGGUAAAGAACUGCGUCAGUGCAUGCUGCCAAAGCAAGCGCCUUUGGAGGAGAAAUUAUCUGUAUUUAAGCAGCAGCUUCUGCCCCGUCACCCUGCUGUCUUUCAUGAAUGGUUCCUUAGGACUUUCCCUGAUCCAACUUCAUGGUACAGCAGUAGAUCAGCUUACUGCCGUUCAGUUGCUGUAAUGUCAAUGGUUGGCUACAUUCUGGGUCUAGGUGAUCGCCAUGGAGAAAACAUUCUGUUUGAUUCUUUAACAGGAGAAUGUGUUCAUGUGGACUUCAACUGUCUUUUUAAUAAGGGGGAGACCUUUGAUGUUCCAGAAGUUGUCCCUUUUCGUCUAACCCACAAUAUGGUCCAUGCCAUGGGCCCUAUGGGGACAGAAGGUUUGUUCCGCCGAGCCUGUGAAGUGACUUUGAGGUUAAUGCGUGAUCAACGAGAACCUUUAAUGAGUGUUCUGAAAACUUUUCUGCAUGACCCAUUGGUGGAAUGGAGUAAGCCAGUAAAAGGAAGUACAAAAGUACAACCCAAUGAAACUGGGGAGGUAAUCAAUGAAAAGGCCAAGACCCAUGUUCAAGACAUAGAAAAACGGCUACAUGGAGUGAUUAAGACGAGAAAUAAGGUGAAGGGUUUGCCCUUAUCAAUUGAAGGUCAUGUUCACUACCUUAUUCAAGAAGCAACAAAUAUAAACCUACUGUGUCAAAUGUAUCUGGGCUGGGCUCCAUACAUGUGAUAGCAUUCACAAAAACUGCAACUCGGGUGUCAGGAUGAAGCAAGGUAUUUAUUUGACAUCCUUUAUCCCCAACAUUAAAUCACCCACCACCAGUUGCUAACCUUUCAAGAAGCUACAUUUAAAUCACUGCAGUACACCUUUGCAGUGAUUUUCUUUUGGCAACUUAUUUCAGGAAAAGAACAAUAUAUUCUUGGCAAAUAGUUUGCAUGAUGAAGACUGAGAGGAUAUGGGAUUCUCCUUCAAUUCCAGAAGCCAAAAUAAACAACAAACAGAUUUUUGUUUUACUGUCUUCUACUGAUCGCAUGACAAAGCUAAACAACUUGAAAUUUAUGGAUAUCCCAGAGACUGAGCAAGAAAGGAUAAAUGGUUUGCUUAGUUCAAGACUGGGAACAGGUUAAAAGAUUGAACUUCACUUACCUCAUUGAGGCCAGAGCCUGCAGCAUGCUGUCAUCGUUCAUGAUAUUGAUUAAUUUGUAUUGUAAACAUGAUGAUGUAUUAACGCUUUUGAAAAAAGAGGAUUGAUCAUCAAGACAAUUUAUUGGAAUGAAUGUGACUUUUCAUUAAGUUCUGUUAAUGGUACUCCAUUAAGAUUGAGAAAAGUCCAUUUUAUAACUGACAAAGCUAUGGGAUUCUGAGGUACAAGGAAAUGUACAACCCACUGCAUUUGAAUGGAGACUGAAGAUCUUUGCAUAUCUGUAAGAAAAGUGAAAUACAACUUCCACUGAUUCCAUUAGCUAAUACAUGGUAGGUGACACUGAAGUCAGUGUUGGGUUAGUCUUGUUAUUUUGAUUUUCAUUGUCCUCCUUAGGUACCAUGUGCAAUGUUUUUGGUGCAGGUGACACCAAUUCAUGUAAAUUAUGUCAUGGUUUCUACUUCCAAUUUAUAAAUAUGAAGUGUUAGAGAACCAUGUGCACAUUUGUUGAGAAUUACUUUCAUGUUGCUAUUUUGUGUGCCAUUUCAAGGAUAGUAGUAAAAACUUCACAGCAGAAAAAAAACUUCUGAAGAAAUGUUUGUACAGGGUUGUACAAUCUGAAAUUGAAUGUUUUGGACCAGAUUUUCUAUUUUUAUGUUCACAAUCUUAGUCCACAUUAAUGUGUAAAAUAAACCAUGGAGUAGAAACUUAUUUUCUUUUUAUAAGAACAUAAGGAGUAGGCCAUCUGGCCCUUCGACCCUGCCCCGCCAUUUAAUAACAUCAUGGCUGAUCUUUUUGAGACUCAGCUCCACUUAUGCGCCCACUCACCAUAACCCUUAAUUCCUUUACUGUUCAAAAAUUUAUCUAGCCUUGCCUUAAACACAUUCAGCGAGGCAGCUUCAACCGCUUCACUGGGCAGGGAAUUCCACAGAUUCCCAACCCUUUGGGUGAAGAAGUUCCUCCUGACCUCAGUCCUACAUCUGCUUCCCUUUAUUUUGAGGCGAUGCCCUCUAAGCCAAUAUUUUAACACUCUUGUUAAACUCAGCAGUGUUAUAACCUUUCCACUGACCAUUCGUUAAUUAAAAAUAUUGUUUGUCGAAAAGGAAUAUUGCUUGACACCCUGUACCACCUUGUACCAAAGUGUGACAUCAAACUGCAGCUGCAUGUUAUAGGUCUCUGUAGGUGGCCUGACAUUACCAGUUGAGAGAUGCUUCUCAACCAUGGCAGGGAGCAUCCAUUUUAUGAAAGCCAUGUAGCCACUAAGGAAUAAGUAAGAAUAAAGUGGAAAAAGAGUCAUAUCAGACUCAAAACCUUAACUCUAUUUCUCUGUCCAUUGGUGCUGCCAGACCAGGAGUUUUUCCAGCAUUUUCUGUUUUGUCACUAAAGAAUAUUAUUUACUCUCCUGUUGGGGAUUGUCAGUUAUUGUAAAUACAGGUGAAGUACAGGAAAAAGGUUCUUUUGACUGUGAAGAAAGGGGUGCGAGAGGUUAGGUACUUGUAAUAGAAAAGUGCACUUCACAAGGUAUUUUACAAAUGAAUAUAUUUAAAUAGCAACUUUUGAGUAAAAUGUCCCAAAGUGGUCCCUUCACAGAACAAAUAUCAAUUGACAAAGCGUUACAUCAGAUAUUUGGACAGGUGACAGGGCGUAGGUUUUAGAAUGUCUUAAAAGGAAGAGAGUGAGGUUUAAGAGAAAGUUAGGAAGGUUUUCACCGAGACAACAGAAGCACAACUGCCAGUGGUGCUGAUGAAAAUCGUAGAUAUGUUAGAGGUAGAAUUUGAGUAAAACACUGUUCUCUGAGAGUUGCAGGGCUGGAAGAGAUUACAGAGAUAAGGUGAGACAAAGCCAUUGAAUGAUUUGAGCACAUUGUGAGAACUUUAAAUUGAGGUAUUGCUGACUUUGAGAAAAUGUAGGCCAGUGAGCAGUGGUGUGUUAGUGGGAUUCUGUGCACAUGAAGAUACAGGCAGUGCAGUUGAUUGAAUCAGGUGAAAUUUAUGGAAGACUGACCGGGAUAUACUGGAAUAUUUGAGGCCAGAAGAAACAAAAACAUGGAUGAGAGUUUUAGCAGCAGUUGAGCUCAAAUAACAAUGGAAGUGGAAGUAGACUGGCUUGGUGAUGAAGAGGAUAUGUGAAUGGUAGUUCAACUUUGUGUCAAAUAGGAUGGCAAGGUUGCAAAUAGCGUGGACAAAUCUUGUGUAAUUUAUCCAACAGCAAAUGGCUUAAUCUUAAUAUUUGUCUGAAUGGCCUAUGUAUAUGGGAUAUAUGGCCAUUAUGGUUUGUUAGGAUUUUAAAGCUUUUCAUUCCCAUCCCCACUCCACUCAGCGUUAAUUUAUGCAAAUAAAAACUAACAGCAUUGCUGGCCUGGCCAGUGAUGGCCACAUCCUGUGAAUGAAUUUAAAAAAUGAAUAAAUUAAAGAUUUUUAAAAUCAAA